CAAAGCCAGAAAAUUGUCUCAUUAAGUGUGCCUUGCCCCAACUACCUACAACUAUCUCAAAGAUGUUUACAAAUUUCCAAAAAAUUUAAAUUCACUGUGGUAGCCUCCAGAAGAUCACUUCCACCAUGCAGGACGCAGAGUUUGCCAAAGGCUUGGAACACUUCACCUUCCGCCUACAUGACCAGCUUACCCGAGCCAAUCCCGACCGAAAUGUCGUUUACUCGCCGCUCUCAAUCCGCACAUCGGGGGGCAUGCUGCGGAUGGCUGCGGUGGAAAAUUCACCCACGGCCGCCGAACUAGACGCCGGUCUCCGGUUCAGCCCAGGCGACGUGCAGAGCAUAGCCCAGAGCUUCGAUGUCGUCCUUAGGGCCUACGAGCAGUGUGGUAUCUUAAAACUGGCCAACCGGCUGUAUGUGAUGAUGGGUCUUACGCCCGGCAAGAAGUUCGGCAGCAUGUUGGAGAACAAUUUCCACUCCAAGCCCAUCGAGAUCGAUUUUGGCAGUGACCAAGCGGCUAAAACUAUCAAUAGCUGGGUGGAGUCGCAGACCAAUGAGCUGAUCAAGGACAUCAUCGGCCCCGGUGUCCUGUCAAGUCGCACUCGACUGGUGCUAGUCAAUGCCAUACACUUCAAGGGCGAGUGGGUUAACAAAUUCGAUGAGGAAGAGACCAAAAAGGAGAAGUUCUUCUUGGAGUCGAAACAAUCGGCCGACGUGACUAUGAUGCAUACGAGAAAGAACUUCUUUAUUGGUGAACUGCCAAAUCUGAAGGCCACUGCCCUGAGGCUGGACUACAGCGCAUGCAACCUCGCCAUGAUCAUCCUCCUGCCGGACGAGAAUUCCAGCCUCCCAAACUUAGAGAAGUUGCUUGCUAGCACCUCACUGGAGGUCUUAUCGUCGAGCAUGGCGCUGGAACUAGUUGAUGUAAAGAUUCCAAAAUUCCGAGCGGACUUUCAACAGGAGCUAUCAGAUACCUUCAAACUGAUGAGCAUGGGCCGUAUAUUCAGCGAUCAGGCAGAGCUCGGAGAAAUGUUGGCUUCACGAGAGCUUAUUUCUGUAUCCCAUAUCAUACACAAAGCCUUCAUUGAGGUCAAUGAAGUGGGAACCGAGGCAGCCGCCGCCACGGCUGUGGCAAUUGCAUUCAGGUCCGCGCAUCUGCCAAAGGCGUUGGUGUUCCAUGCCAACAGACCCUUCUUUUAUGCAAUCUACGACAAAGUCCAUGGCUUUCUGUUUGCUGGUCGCUUUUGCACUCCACCUAGUGAAAGGGCAUCCAAUUGUAAAUGUGAUUUCGGAAAAUCCUGUAACAAGUGCACUCGCUGCACACGAUGUCGACAAAAAGAUUGAACAUCAUUUCCAGUGCAGGAUGCAAAUAAAACCUUUGGAUAUAUAUUUACUAUAAUAAAGUUAUGAUCAAGGCAACCAGAAGAAGACAGAAAA